ACCUUCUUCCUUUCCCUCCCUUUUUUCUUUUUCCGAAAAUUACCCAUCGUCCCUUUGGCUGAGUGGGUGGUGCUUAGGGAGGAGGGAGCUGGCAAGUGAGCGGUGACCGAAGCAGACUUGUGCGUGUGUGUGUGUUCGCUGCGCGCGCCGCUUCCCUUGUCUUUCUCUUGGUCUCGCAACAUUUGGGCAGCCUCGCGGCGCGUGCGACUCGUAGGCAGGCGGCCGGCCCCAGCUGGUGGCGAGAGCAUUCCCUACCAGGCUGCCGGCGGUCCCAGCCCCACGAGGCCCAGUUUCUGCGUGCGCGCGAGCGACUGGUCGGUGCAGUGGCGGCAAUGUCGGCCCCUGCGACGGCGACGGCCCCUGCUCCGGCGGAAGCUGGCGGUGGUGGAGGCGGCGCCGCUGGGGACAAGCAGCGCUCCUCCUCCGCCGCCGCCACCGCCCCCCUCAACGUGGAAGGCAUCGACCUGCUGGAGAAAUGCGGCGUGUGCCGUGAGCGGCUGCGGUCCGAGCGGGACCCGCGCCUUUUGCCUUGCCUCCACACCGUCUGCAAGGAGUGCGUUAAGGUCGAGCCCGCCCCGGCUGGCAACAACAAGGAUGGCCAAGUAGUCGACUGUCCAGUGUGCAAGCACCAAUGUUACUUAAAAGACAUAGUGGAGAACUACUUCCUGAGGGAUGGUGGCACAGAGUCUCUUGCGGAUGCCAGAGAUGCUAACCAGUGUUGCACCAGCUGUGAAGAUAAUGCCCCAGCGACCAGCUUCUGUGUGGAGUGCCAAGAGCCCCUGUGUGAGACUUGUGUGGAGGCUCAUCAGAGAGUGAAAUACACUAAGGACCACACUGUUCGGUCCACAGGCUCAUCCAAAUCUCAGGAGAGAGAGAAGACCGUUUACUGUUCUGUCCACAAGCAUGAGCCACUGGUGCUGUUCUGCGACACUUGUGAUACCCUCACCUGUCGGGACUGCCAGCUGAAUGCACACAAGGAUCACCAGUACCAGUUUUUGGAGGAUGCCGUCAAGAACCAACGCAAGAUGCUGGCCUCAUUGGUCAAGCGCCUGGGAGAUAAGCAUGCUAAUCUCCAGAAAUCGACCAAGGAAGUGCGAACCUCGAUCCGGCAGGUAGCAGAUGUGCAGAAGCGAGUGCAGGUGGACGUGAAGAUGGCUAUCCUGCAAAUCAUGAAGGAGCUCAAUAAGCGGGGCAAAGUGCUGGUCAAUGAUGCACAGAAAGUCACUGAAGGUCAGCAGGAGAAGCUGGAGAGGCAGCACUGGGCCAUGACAAAGCUCCAGCGCCAUCAGGAGCAUAUCCUGCGCUUUGCCAAUUGGGCUCUGGAGAGUGACAACAACACUGCCCUGCUGCUUUCAAAGAAGCUGAUUUACUUCCAGCUGCACAGGGCUCUGAAAAUGAUAGUAGAUCCUGUGGAACCCCAUGGAGACAUGAAAUUACAGUGGGACUUAAAUGCCUGGACGAAGAGCGCAGAGACGUUUGGUCAGAUAGUCUCGGAACGGAGUGGUUUGCCAGUGACCCCCAAUGCCCAGACUCCCCAACAGAGGGCCAAUGCUGCCUCUGCUGCAUCGGGAGGAGUAGCAGUCAGGCAGGGCUCUGUUCCUCCUUCUCAGGGUGUCCAGCAGAUGUCUCUGCAGACAAGCAUAAUGAAUAAGGGAGCUCUGCUUCAGCCUGUGCUGCCUUCCAACAGCCAGCGGCAGGCAAUCCCCGACUGCUAUAUCAAUGAUGCUAGUGCCUCUUCUGCUGGACAGCCAAUGGACAUCGGUGAUGGCUUUGGUGUAGAAGGAUCAUACUCUGGUGAAGCAAAUGUAUCUGGAAUGAAGAGGCCCCGUGGCCAAGAUGGAGAGAGUGGUCUUGUGCGCAAAGUGCCCCGUGUCAGUCUGGAGCGGCUGGACGUGGACCUGACAUCUGACAAUCAGCCACCUGUCUUCAAAGUAUUUCCAGGCACCUCCACUGAAGACUUCAAUCUCAUUGUGAUUGAACGUGGGGCUCAGCAAGCUGCAGCUGCUGCCGCCGCUGCCGCCGCCCAGCAAGCAGCAGGGCUGCCAACGGCAGGCACCACAGUGAAGGAGGAGCAAAUGGAGGCAGCUAUUGAUCACCCAGCUUCUGCUGCAGAUGUUAAAGAUACCAAGCCAAUUGUCCUGCCACAGGAUGUUCUGCUUCCGGAAGGGUCCUCAGCCCCCCGGCUCAUCUCCCCCAGUGGCAGCACCAGCUCUGCUAUGGAAAUGCAGUCUGUUCACAGCCAUGACGGUACAGCCAAUGGGGAAGAAGCUGCUUCCUGCAGGGUCUGCCUGAAAGCUGGUGCCGUAGUCAUGUGUGACGGCUGCAAGAAGUGUUACCACCUGGAUUGCCACCUGCCUGCUCUUCAGGAAGUCCCCGGCCAGGAAUGGAAGUGUCUAUUGUGUGAGGCACCCGUGACAGCCAUUGAAGAGGAUGGAACUGAUUUGACUCCUGUCUCCUUAGAUGGGGAGCUGAAGAUACUCUCAAGUGCUGACCAGCAGAGGUGUGAACAAGUUCUCCUUGAAUUACUGUGUUAUGAGCCAUGCAGGCCUCUUCACCGACUCUCCAAUGCCACAGAGGGGCAGAACACCAUUGACUUGACCUUGAUCAGAGCCAAGCUGCAGCGGAAACUCUCACCGCCUUAUGGCUCUCCUGAUGAGUUUGCAGAUGAUGUCUGGAAGAUGUUCAGGCAGUUUAACAAGCUGACGGAGGACAAAGAGGAUGUCCAGUCUAUCAUUGGACUCCAGCGGUUCUUUGAGGCCAAGCUGAGUGCAGCCUUCGGUGACAGGAAGUUUUCAGUGCUGCGUGACCCGAUCAACGUAGAUGAGCCGCAGGAAAGCAGCACCUUUCCUCCUCGUGGCUCCCCGGUCACUGAUCCGGGUGAGGCCACCUCUUCCAAGCCUGAUGGGAGUGGUGGGGGUGAGGGAAUGGCAGCCUAAAAAAAGAAGCUGCACCUGUCAAAUGGACCAGCAUUCCAUGGAGGAGAGGAAAUGUGGGGGGCACCAUCUUGAAGCUGCUGCCUUCAUUUGUCUCUGCUCUCCCACUCUUCUGGUCCCACUUGAGCAGCCCUUCUUUGUUUCCUUCUGCACCUCUCUGCCUUUUUUUUUUGGAGAGUUAUUGUAGAACUUGACUGCUUAGAUAAUGGUUAUAAAUGGUCUGACUUGUUCUCUUUUUUUUGCUUGACAAAUUUUAUGCCCUUGUUCUGACAGACACACUUUGUGUUUUUUUGUAAUGAAAUGGAAAUUAUUAAAUUGAGGAAAUCCAGAACCCUAUAACCUGCUCUCCUCUUGGAUUCCUUUCUUGCUAGUGGGAACAAACUUGUAGUUCCCUUCUCUCUUUUUUUAAAAAAAUUAUUGCACCCUUGUCCUUUGGUCCUCACCCGCCCCCACAACCACGGAGGAAUCUGUUGUGGCCCAGAAACAAGUUGACUUUCCCAACAGUAAUUUUUUUGCCCCUUCAAAGAGAGCACUAUUGAGAGUUGAGGGCAGAGACUCUGCUCUGUUUCCUUGUCUGUUUUAUAAGUUUGUAUGCAUUUUUGAGCAUAGAGUGUUUUUCUGACCUUACAUGUGGUCCUGGUGACAACUCACGUGGACAUCUGAUAGAUGCACCUGUUGGGCCUCCAUAACAGCUGUUUUCUAAGGUAGUGGCGGUUCAUUUUAAUUUUUUUCUGUGGCCAAGCCGGGCUCCAAACAUUCUGUUCAGUUUGUUCAAGAGGAGAGAUGUCUGUUUUCAUAAGUCAAGGUAGCUGUAGCUUUUUAAAUCCAGUUGUCCCCUCCGUGUAGCCGUACUUUUUGGCUGUACGUAACUUCAAAUGCUUUCUGGCCCAGUAGUUUAUCCUCACUAUCCCAAGAGCCAUUAUCAUGAAAAUGUGCUUUUUUUUUUUGCUUAUGUAUAUUUUAGACUUUGCUUCUUUCAUGUUCGAGAAAAAUAAAAGAUGUUUGCAACUUG